AUGGAAAGUACCUGCGCAAAUCACAACGGAGCUGUGCGUUUGGUGCGGCUGAUCAAGAUCAAAGGCUUUAGCGCCAGGCUAGACAGCAAUGACUGCAUCAAAUCCCCAUGCUGCGUAGAUGGCUAUGACUGGGAGAUCCGUGUCUAUCCGGCAAAGAAUAUGUUCACUACCAGCGAGUUCGGCUGUUUGUGGGUAGCCGUGGAGCUCAUCCUCCUCAAUAAACCGCGCGUGUGCAAGACGGUCCUGGUCUGUCGUGUCGUAGAUCCGAGUGGAAAUCUUGAACCUAAAGAACAGGACAGUGUAUUAUUGUAUAAUCCUGUUGGCCAAAAUUCCGUGUGGCUCGUGCGUAGAAAGGAGCUGGCAGGAGGUUAUCUCAAGAAUGAUACUUUGACUCUGCAAUGCGCCAUCACAGUGCUCAAGGAAUUACCUGAACCGACCAUCACGGCUGAAGAAAUGGCUGCACCGUCCUACACCUUGAACCAGCACCUCGGUGAGCUCCUGCAGAGCGGAACAGGGGCAGACGUCACGUUUCUCAUCUCCGGCGAGUCCUUUCCCGCGCAUAAGAACAUACUGGCCGCAAGAUCUCCCGUUUUCAUGGCCGAGUUUUUCGGAGAAACGAAGGAGAAGAGCUCACAAGCUGUUGCGAUAGAUGACAUGGAGGUCGGGGUAUUCAAGGCGCUGCUCCGCUUCAUCUACACCGACACUGUGCCAGAAUUUGAGAAACAGGAGGAGGCGCUGAUGGCUGAACAUCUAUUUGCUGCUGCUGACAGGUACGGUCUUGACAGGCUAAAGCUCAUCUGUGUUGGCAAGCUCUCUGCUGGCAUCAGCGUCCACACGGCGGCGAUGAUGUUAGCUUUAGCGGAGCAGCACAGCUGCUCGCUACUCAAGGCCAACUGUUUGGAGUUCAUCCUUUUUUUUUUUUUGCGAGGAAACAGCCGGAUUACAUCAAGGUAUUACAGAGAGGAGCACCACAAACAUAGAAAACACACACCAGUCCUCCUGUAG